CUCAAAAGCCGUGGGAAAACAACAAUGUAUCGGAAAAACAAGGACCACGCUUUCGAAAUAAGAUGAUAGAUUCAAAACAAGUAAAAAAAAUGAAAAUAACCACAUAACAAUGCAUGUGCCGGAGAUCUUUCUAUCAUCUGAUCUGACUCCUGAAUUCAAUGAGAUUGUAUUCGAAGUGAACAUUUCAUUGGACAAUGAAACCCGGAAUGCCACUGAUGCUCACGGGGAUGUCGGUGUUAACAACUGGUGGGCGCUUGUGGCUUCAAUGCUGGUUAUUGCAACGGCCACAGGGAACGUCUUAGUCUGCCUCGCCAUUUACUUGGAGAGGAGGUUACAAAACGUGACGAAUUAUUUUCUGAUGUCGCUCGCUAUAACAGAUUUACUUGUCGCCAUUUUGGUCAUGCCGCUCGGGAUUCUAACUUUAGUUCGAGGUCACUUUCCCUUGGCCGCCCCGUACUGCCUCACCUGGAUCUGUCUGGACGUCCUUCUAUGCACAGCGUCUAUCAUGCACCUUUGUACUAUCAGCGUUGAUCGAUACCUUUCGUUGCGUUAUCCGAUGAGGUUCGGGAGAAACAAGACUAGAAAAAGAGUCACAGUCAAGAUCGCCUUCGUUUGGAUUCUGUCCACGGCCAUGAGUCUUCCACUGAGUCUUAAGUAUUCCAAGAAUGCGCAAUCAGUCCUCAUCGGUGGCUCCUGUCAGGUCCCGGAUCCGCUUUACAAGGCCAUUGGUUCGAUAAUAUCCUUCUACAUACCUCUUGGAGUGAUGUUGCUGACAUAUGCACUGACAGUCCAGCUACUGGCCAGACAGAGGAAGGGAUUGGGUGCAGGAUGGGCUCCAGGCUGGCUGGGUGCGCCUACUAUGGGUCGCCGAUGCACGUGGCGAAGGAUCCUUGGUCCCAGGAGUGGUACACCUCAGCAUUCGGCGGCCUCCACUGAAACCGAACUACCGCCGAUCGACACCAGAGAUCUAUGGCUUCAGGAUUCGAGCGAGCCUGCCCCCUCAGCAAUGUCAGCACUCCAUCAGUUCGGGGCAGAAAUGUUGCGUCUCUCUCGAGGCUUGGAAGCUUCCGCGGCGGCUAAACCGCAGUUUCGAGGGACAAACAUCUCCGAAAGAGGCGGAAUGCUGACGCCUGGUUCAUUAAGUGUAUCUUCGAGUUCUCCAUCUUCAAUGCUGCAAGAUCGACGAAGACCAUCAUCUUCGGGUGACCCGACACCCGUUCAUCGACCUAGAAGUGCCUCGGACGACGAGAGCAACGACGGUCUAUUAGCACCAUCCAAUCUUACUGCUAAAUCCAGAAGUUCCGAAGAUGGUCUUCUUUUACCACCUCCCUGCACCUGUCCCUAUUUUGGCUCAGAUUCAACACCUCCUCGACGUACCACUGAAGUAAUAAUCGUACCUGGUGGCGAUAUAAACGGUUGCAAUGGAUUUCCAAAAAACGGUAAUAUGAGAGAUGAACCAUCCACCCCAAUAUUCCGACGGUCAAGUAGAGGCGCGUCAUCAAUGGUAACUUGGGACGAAGCGAGAAGAUUUCGAAGGGGCUCUAGCUUUGGUGGCGCAAGAACAACUUUGUCCACUCCAGUGCGCAGUAUUCGAACUCAGAGAUCGAUGCGAUCUCAGCCUAACACGACUCAUCAGCGGCAAACACCACGAACGCAUCAUUCUAGAAAUUCCAGUGUAAUUUCUAGAAAUUCUUCUCGUCACGGGAGAAUAUUGCGUUUAGAGCAAAAAGCCACAAAAGUAUUAGGCGUUGUUUUUUUUACGUUCGUCGUUCUCUGGGCUCCGUUUUUCAUCCUUAACAUGGUACCGGCUGUAUGUCCCGACUGCGAAGGGAAAAUCGCUCAUUGGGUAUUCGAUUUUGCACUAUGGCUAGGCUAUGCGAGCUCAAUGGUGAAUCCAAUAUUUUAUACGAUCUUCAAUAAAGUGUUCAGGCAGGCCUUCAAAAAGGUAUUAAGGUGUCAAUAUUGUAAAUACAGGAGAUAGCAAGCGCCUUGGGAGCGCGUCCGUCCGACCUCUGAUCCGGGUAUUGGCGCUCUCUCAGUCAAUAAAAAUAUAAGGCCACGGUUCGCUUGAGCUGGAAGAUGAGCUAUACGACUCUUAGUUCUCUUAUUGCGUGUAAAUAUGCCACAAACUGGUCUACCGUAUUAAUUUCAAUCACUUAUGUCAACCACUUUCCCUAAUGUGUCGCACAAAUAAUAAUAUUUACCCACCUCCUGAACUCGUUACUAUGUAUGUAUAAAUUAUUAUGUAGAACUAAAAGAUUAUGUGUACUAUAUCUAGUAAUUUGAACGUAAUUACGGAAAGAUAUAAUCUAGAAUAGCUUGUAAACAAUGUUGUUAGCGCUAUCGAUUUAAUUAAGGGGAAAAACGAAAGCUUUGUGCUUAGUGAUUUUUAUCAGAACUAAUUUUAAGACUGAUUUCUUUGUUAAAUACUUUUAGGAAACUGUGGUUGUUUUGUAUUUCUGGUCGAACAAAUACUUUUAAUGUCUGAAUGAAUCUCACAUCAUUUAAUUUUUAAUUGACUAGUGCUGUAAUUGUAGGUUAGCGUUAUUGCGAAUUAUCAGAACUCAAAUGACCAUGGAGUGGGAGUGGACCGGUAUUGCCUCCGUCGAACAGCUGUUCCGGCUGGCUGCUGAUAAAAAUGAAUAUAGAAAGCUAACGGCCAACCUUCCGGAUUGAAGAGGCACUGGAAGAACAAGAAGAAAUGACCAUAGUAAUUACUGAGCUCAAAGCAGUAAAUGAAAUAAAUUGAUUAAUAAUGUUUGAGAAGUGAAAUCAUAUAAGUUAUCGAAUUGGAACAAUUUCGAACAAUAUAUUAAAAAUAAAAAUUAACUUUCCAUUAUUUUUUUUAUAUUUCUAUCGCACACAAUGCAAAUCUACUAAAAAGUCAACUGGGUCGACCAUUGCCUUCUUCUUUUUGCUUUACAUUGAAGAUUCACGUAAGUUAAACUUUUUUUUUAUGUUUGAGAGAUUACUGGUGGCCCAGUGGCCUUUCCAGUUAUGAUAAUACUCAUAAUUUGGCUUACUAAAAUAAUUUCGUUUUCUACUUACCUCAUUUCAGUAUUUCAUUUCCAUUGCGGGCUUCGAUAUGGAAUAAUGCGUCAUUUAUGUAUUCGAUUACUCUUAAAACUACACAUAGAUCACAUUAUUAUUUAUGUGUUUAAUUUAUAUUUCAAUAAACAUACCAUUAUUUACUCUACACUUUAGUUGACUGGUAGACGAUGCGUUAGAAAUUAAAUCCGCCAAUUUAAAUAAAUACAUUAAGUGUAAUAAAAAAAUAAAUAAUUUAACGUAAUUUCAAACCUAGAGUGUAUUUUAAUUAACCCUUAUUAAUUUAAUAUUAAAUCCUUAUAUCGAUUAAUAUAUUUACAGGCUGACAAAAAAGCUGAAAACACUACAGUACAGUUCUAGCGGCAGCCUUUUUAUUUCCUCACAAUUCAAACUUGUAAGCCGUCCAUAAGAAACUAACAAAACUUUUAAUUGAAGUCAAGGAAUCAGUUUAAAAUGCCCCAUUUCUGUUGGAUAAUCAGACCUUGGUCAAGUUCAUUAUAAAUAUUAUACACACAGCCGCUGAAUCGAUAAUCGUAGCUAUCAGAACCAUAGGAGCUAUAAUAAUUCAAUUAUAAUAAUUGUCUUUGUACAUACACAGGACCGUCUGAAGGCUCAAAAAAAUUAUUAAAAUAGUAUGCUUGAAAUACCUUUGAAGGCUUUAAGACUUUCUCAAGCAAUUCACUCUUUCGCAAUAAAUAAUCGUAGGACUCUCAAGCUAAUGAAUUCACGCUUUAGUAAACAGCAUUAAUUCAUUUUCUUACAAAGGAAUAAAUAUUUUAAGCAUUAAAUCCUCUGAAAUUCACAUGAAUAUAAACACAGAUGAUUAGUGUUGGAAAAUCUGUUGUUUCGUUUUUUAAUUUUUUUUAUUACCAUUGUAGGCAGACGAGCAUACGG